AUGAAAUCAAGAUUUAGCAAGGUAUAAAUCUAUAAAAAUUAAGUGUACCCAACAAAGCAAAAUUAGAUAAAUAAUUAUGUUUAUUGGUAAUAUGUAAAAGAUUAAGAUGGGCUCAAAAAAAUUUGAGCUGUUAGAUUUUUAAUCUAAACAUAAACCACCACAAUUAAAGAAAAGUAUUUAAAAAAUAAUGAAAGAACUUAAGUUACUAUACAAACUAUAUAUAUUUAAUAUAUAUUAAAAAAAUCUACAAUUUAUGAAAUAAUAUGCUAAAUGCGUAUUAUACAAGCUUAAUAACUAUUUAAAAAAAAUAAAAUAGCAAUUAAAGUAUUUCUUAAAAUUAGGAGGAUAAAAAUAAAAUUCAAGAUCUUUCUGA